AUGGAUUUUCUACGGAAACUCUUUCAUCUGAAGAAGAAAUUAAUCACAGAGUUUAGAAUUGACACUGUUGAUUUUGUGGUCAUUCCAAAAGAAACCACUUCAGAUGAAAAACGUAAUCGAACUGAUAAACGAUUUUUGAAAAAAAAGGAAGAAAUUACAGAGUUUCGAAUUGAUACAGUCGAUUACAUGGUCAUCCCUAAAGAGGAUGAAACUGAGAUGUCUAAUCAGACAUGCGUUUUCGUAGAACCACAUCCAAAAUUGAAAUCCAUUCUGCGUUCGCCUUCCAGGCCAAGAGGUCAUAAAAAAACUGUUACUUUCAACAUCUAAUCGAAUACUCUGCAAGAAAAAGAUCUGGAUAGAGGUGUAAAGCAGAAAGGAAGCAACGAAUGCUGCCAUAUGGUCAAAUAGUUUCCGUUUUUAAAACCCAAAGAGGGGAAAGAUUUAAAAAAUAUAUACUAUAAAAAUUGAAUCAAAAUAAUUCUUCUACAAAAAAAUAUAAAAAUUGCAGAAUUUGAAAUAUGCUAUACACAUCAGAACCUUAAUUUCAAGAAGUUCAUAUAGCGUUUCAAGGCCUUUUUAUUUAUUUAUUGUUAUUCUUAUUCUUUCUAUUUUAUUUAAUGCUUAUAUGUUUCAAAAAAAUACAAAAAGGGAGAAGAUUAAAAAAAAUCCAAAAAAUGUUUCAAAAUAAUCUCCCACAAAAAAAAUGACAAAAGUCGUAAAAUCUAUCAAAAUAUAUAUAUAUUUAUCAUGACUUUCAUAUGUUGAAUGUAUUUUUUAU